AUGUCUGCUGCUGCAGCCGGCCAGCCUGCCACGUCUUCGCACCUCAGCAGCGACAAGCCCCAGCAGAGCUCAGACAACCUCAGACGGUCCAGCUCUUACGACACCUCAGGCAGUCCUUACGCGUCUAUUGACAUCGAGAGCGGUGUUACUAAAGGGAAGGGUAAGGAGGAAGAUCCACUAAUGUUCCAGAGUGGUCUCAAGACUGAGGAAGAGCUUGACGAGCUGCGGCGACGUAAGAAGGGCAGGAAGCUCGAGCGAUUCCAUCGUGAGCAAAAUGACCUUAUUGAAUCCCUGCUCAAAUCGAUGGACGAGCAUACUGAGGAGGCGAAGGAGGUAGAAGAGGCCGCACGCUUGCCGGUCAAAAUCGCCGUCUGGGCGAGUCUUCUGGCCAAUUUCGCGCUCUGUGUUCUGCAAUUGUAUGCCGCAAUCUCCUCCGGCUCAUUGUCAUUACUUGCGACGGGUAUUGAUUCCGUCUUCGACAUUGGCUCAAACGUUAUGCUUGUCUGGAUACAUAGAAAGGCUCACUCCCUUGACGUGAACAAAUGGCCUGUAGGUGGCUCUCGUCUUGAAACUAUAGGAAAUAUUGUCUACGGAUUCCUGAUGGGUUCGGUCAAUCUCGUCGUCAUCGUGGAAUCCAUGCAUUCCAUUAUUGAUCAUGGAUCCAAUGAGCUAAAAGAGUUCCAUAUCCCAUCCCUCAUCGCUGUUGGAGCUGCUCUGGGCGUGAAACUUCUGCUUUUCAUUUAUUGCUAUAGCAUAAGGAAGAACUCGAGUCAAGUUCACGUUCUCUGGGAAGACCACAGAAACGAUUUAUUUAUCAAUGGUUUUGGGUUGCUCAUGUCAGCUGGUGGGAGUAAAUGGCGAUGGUGGCUAGAUCCGGCGGGGGCAAUUAUCAUCGCUGCAGGGGUAAUCGCAUCGUGGUCAAGGACGAUUUAUAAACAGUUUGAGUUGCUUGCAGGGAAAAGCGCGCCGCACGAUUUUAUCAAGCUCUUAACCUACAAAGCAAUGACGUUCAGUGAAGUAAUAGAACAAAUUGACACCAUACGAGCAUAUCAUAGUGGCCCAGAGUACUUCGUCGAAAUCGACGUUGUGAUGCCUGCAGAAACACCGUUAUGGAAAGCACACGAUCUAAGUCAGCAACUGCAGGACAAAAUUGAAGUCCUUCCGAAUGUUGGACGAGCAUUCGUUCAUGUAGACCACGAAACGACACAUACACCGGAGCAUCGAAAAGUCAUAUAA